CUCAUAACAAACGUGUGUGUAUUUUAAUGAUGUUAGAUUCUUAUUCUACUGUCUGAUCUACAUUUUUCUUAAGACUUUUUAGUGUAUCGUUUAUAUUUUCAAUAUGGCAUUCUCAAUGUCUAAUUUGAAUGCUUCUGAGUUAAAUCAGAUAGGAGCUGCACUUGGACGACCAGAGGAAAUGGGCAAUGAUGCUGGUCUAGAGAUGCAGUGGGCUGUUCGUGCAAUGGACCAUGCAACAGUUCAUUAUAAUCUUAUUUCAUCAGUUGAUGCUUCACGAUUAAGGUUGACAAAAAUUGAUGAUAAAAUCUACGAACAAUUUCGCAAGGAGUUUCCUGAUUUAAAUGUUGCAAAAUUAGACGAGGAGGAUUUAAAAUCACCUGAAUCAAAAGAGAAAUGGAGAAAUUUUUGUGAGUCUUUCAAAGGGGAAAUAGAAGACUUCAACAUGGGUACAUUGUUAAGAUUAAACUGUGAAGAUGACUACAAUCCAGAUAGUACAACAUUCAGUGUUCGUACACAGUUCCUUGCAAUAGAAAUUGCCAGAAAUAAAGAGGGUCACAACACAUGUUUGUUGACUAAAAAGCAGAUAUCAGAAAUAAAUAGUUCUUAGCAAUAAUUGUCUUUGUCUUUAUGAAUACUGUUGAUGUCUAACUUUUUCAAGGUUCCCACUGUUUAAAGUAAUUAAAAAGACAUACUUUCAUCAAAAACAACUUUAUUUUCAUUUAUUUCUUGCCCACUAAAAUUUCAUACAUAAACAGAAAUUAGUUGGGUAGAGCUCUAGAAUUAAACUGAAAUAAAUAUUUUAAUAUUAACACAUUUGUAAUAGCUAGUCAGUAAUUGAACCUGUCAAUUGGUCAGGGUAUCAUUUAUUAACCAAAACAGCUUAAU